UGUGUUGAUGUGUUAGCUAUCUUAUUGAACACAGAGUAUGGACAGUCGGGUUGAACACUAGCCGAAAAUAAUCGACGCUGGAACCAAAUUCAAACUCCUUUUACCUCUCGUUACCAAACUGUGCAAUUAUUUGUUUAUCGAAAAAUGCCAAGGUCCUUCCUGCUUAAACGUCAUUUUACAAAGAAUGAAAGUAUUUCUAAUCGCAAUGGGAUCGACUUUUCUUUCCAAGGGAAAGGUUAUCAAAAUGAAGCGCUCGUCGAAGUGAACUCUAACUUCCGAGAUUCCAAAAUUGGCGCUGUAGUUUAUACGAGUUACAACUGGAAUGGGACAGAAGACCAGACACCAGACCAGUUCUAUACAGACACCAAACCGAACAAUCRGCGAAAAGAGAAUCCAGGUUUUGACAAUAAAAGGACAGACCCUGGCCAUUUGGUUGAUCCAUACGACGCGUCGCGAAAACGUAUAGUAAGCGUCAAACUAGAAGAUGAGAAACCCCUGAAAACAGCCAACCCACAGAAACUACAUCAGCCGAAGAAACAAGCUUUCCAGUGUGGGCAAUGUGGAAAGGUUUUCAAGACUAAGUACACAUUGACAAUUCAUCUCAAAAUGCCUUCGCACACUGGCGCCAGGCCAUUUGUAUGCGCGAUCUGUGGCAAGGGUUUUCGUCUGUCGAGCACGCUUUGUCGACACAAGAUCAUCCACACAUCCAACAAACCUCAUCAAUGUCAGGUCUGUGGGAAAGCCUUCAAUCGGUCUUCGACGCUCAAGACGCAUCAGCGAACUCACAGCGAUGUCAAGGAGUUUACUUGCGAGGUGUGUGGAAAAGGGUUUCAUCAAAAAGGCAACUUACGAAAUCACUUGCUCAUUCAUUCCGGAGAGAAGCCCUAUAAGUGUACUCUCUGCAAGAAGGCGUUCAACAAGCUUUCCAACUURAAAUUCCACAUGCAUAUCCAUACAGACAAUAGACCUUACAGAUGCCGGUUCUGUAAAGAGAGCUUUUCACGGCGCUGCGACCUCAAGGACCAUCACAACAAAUCUCUGUGCAAAGUAAACAACUCGUCAUCGACUGAGGAUUCUCUCACAUCACUUCAAGACAAUAAAAAAUAAGAUUCUUAAGAACUUUCAWGAAUUGACUUUAUUGACACUAAAAGAAAACAGAUUUUUUUCACUCAAAUUGUAAAACGUUAGCUUCCGUUUCUCUAAAAUUUAAAGAAUGUAUUUAAAAAUUAACCUUAACGUAAAUUAUGCCAUUGAGUAACACGUACUCGUAUUCAAUUAUCAGCAACUAUAUCAUUGCACGGACAGAAGUAUUUAUUAUAACUAAACCAAGAUAAAAUCAAAAAUACUUUCGUUUAUCAGAAGUUCUGGAAUUUCUUAAUUGAGUAAAAUACCGG